CAAAUGUGCGUUGUUCGUAGCGGCUGUCGGCCGCAGUCAGGUAUUAUUAAUAUUAUUAUUAUUGACUCAGACCCUUCUCCACAUCACGUAACUGAUGACGUACAUAUCAUGGGACUAUAGCGCGGGCUGUUGUUCAUGACGUCAGUUCCUCUUUCUUCGCGGCAAUUCAACAUGGCUAACUGGACGGAUAGCGAAAUUCGACUGCUACUUGACAUUACAGCCGAGAAGGAGACGGUAAAAAUGUUCAAUGGGACGUCGCGAGACGCAGUGAUAUAUGACCGUAUCACCAGAAAAGUACGAGAGGCCGGCGUGCAUCGGACUAAAACGCAGGUGGUGAACAAACUCAAAACAAUGAAGCGGCGCUACCACGCAGUUGUUGACCACAACCGCAAAAGUGGCACCGAAAGGUUGGACUUUCUAUAUUACGAGCAGUGCGAUGCGAUAUGGGGCUCGCAAAGGACUACGGCGUCGGACUUUAUAGCUAGCAAUCUGGACGAGACUGCAGCGUGUUCGUCGGUAAUCAAGGAUGAACCGUCGUCGUCGCCACCGCCGCCGCCAGAAAACAUGGCUGCACCGUGCUACACGCUAUCAUUUCCCGGUCGCGCCGAGGAGACCAGCGACGCAGAGAAUACGUCGUUGAAUGACUCUACUCCACUUACAGUGCCAACACGCAAGAUUACUCCGCCUGCUAAAAGACGAAAGACCAGCGAACAGCAACUUGUAAACAUCUUGAGAGACAUGGAGAAUACUGCUCAAGAACACGAGCGAGAACGCUGGGCUGAGCAAAGAAAAUAUGAAGAACAAGUACGUCGGGAGGACCUGGUGCUAAGGGAGCGAGAGGUGGCAGCCGUGGAAGACAUGACCUCCCUGUUGCACGAACUCGUAAACAGACAGCAACUUGUAAACAUUUUGAGAGACAUGGAGAAUAGCCGUCAAGAACACGAGCGAGAACGUUGGGCCGAGCAAAGAAAAUAUGAGGAGGAAGUACGGCGGGAGGCCAUGCUGCUAAGGGAGCGAGAGGUGGCGGCCAUGGAAGACAUGACCUCCCUGUUGCGCGAACUUGUAAACAGACUGCCUUACCAGCAGCAGCAGGAGCAUUAGAUUCGGGCCCCCAGCUACCACCAAAAUUGAAGUAUAAGCAAAUGAGAUGUAUUGCUCAUUUAGCACAUUUUAUGGUGUGUUUGUGUGUGGUUAAACCUGUUUUUUU